AUGUCCACCGCCUCUCUCCCAACGCCGUUGCCCACCAAGCCACUCGGCACCGAUGGACCGAUCGUCCCAGCCAUGGCCGUCGGCAUGAUGUCCCUCGGAGGCGCGUACGGGCCCGGCGGCGACGACCCAUCGCGCCUCGCGUUCCUCGACGCCCUGUACGCCAUUGGGGCCCGACACUGGGACAACGCCGACAUCUACGGCGACUCGGAGGAUCUGGUCGGCAAAUGGAUCACGGCGAACCCGGAGAAGCGAAAGGACGUCUUCCUCACGACAAAGUUUGGCUUCACGGGGACCAUCACCACGCGGGCCCUCAACAGCGACCCGGCGUACGUCAAAGAGGCGUGUGCGCGGUCCCUCGAGCGGUUGAAGACCGACUACAUCGAUCUGUACUACUGUCACCGCGUCGACGGCAAGACGCCGAUUGAAGAGACGGUCAAGGCCAUGGUCGAGCUCAAGAAUCAAGGCAAAAUCAAAUACAUCGGCCUGUCCGAGGUGACGGCGUCGACCAUACGCCGAGCACAUGCCGUCCACCCCAUCACGGCCCUACAGAUCGAGUACUCGCCGUGGGCGCUCGACAUUGAAACCAUCUCCGGGCCCGGAGCGGGACCACCCUCGAUCCUCGACACUUGCAAGGAACUAGGCAUCGCCGUCGUCGCCUACUCGCCUCUCGGCCGCGGCUUCCUGACCGGCGCCAUCAAGUCCCCAGCCGACGUCGCAGGCGACUGGCGCAAGAUGCUCCCGCGCUUCCAGCCCGAGAACUUUGACAAGAACUUCGAGCUGGUCCGGAAGAUCGAGGAGAUCGCGCGCAGCAAAGGCGUCACGCCGAGCCAGCUUGUCCUGGCGUUCCUCCUGGCGCAGUGGGACGGCGUGCAUCCGUUGUUCGGCACAAAGAGUGUCGACCGCGCAGAGGAGAACCUAGCCGCCCUGUCGGUGAAGCUGACCGACGACGAGAUCAGGGCCGUGCGAAAGGCCUGUGACGACUGUGUCAUUACUGGCUCGAGGUAUCCUGAAGGAGCGACGUUGCUGUUGCUAGGCGAGACACCAGAGUUGAAGAAAGCUUGA